AUGGCCCGACAGUGCCUGGCAGAGUUUCUGGGUGUAUUUGUGCUAAAUCUUCUUUCUCAGCGUUCUGUGGACCACGCUGUCACCAGCGAAGAAAACAAAGGCGACUUCUUCACAGUGUUUCUGGCCAGCUCUCUGGCUGUUACAAUAGCUAUCUGCGUGGCAGGCAAAGUCUCAGGAGCCCACCUAAACCCAGCCUUCCCUCUGGCCAUGAGCUUGGUGGGCUCCUCCCCUGGGCCAUGCUCCCAUUUGCUGCAUUGUGUAACUGUUGUCUGCUUCUGUGCCUCAGGAGUUCCCUGCAUUCUCUCCUCUGAUGCCCUCCAGCACUACACAGGUGGGAACCUGACAGUGACUGGUCCCAAAGAGACAGCCUCCAUUUUUGCCGCCUACCCUUCCCCUUGUCUGUCCCUGAUCAAUGGCUUUGUGGAUCAGGUUCUGGGCACCUGGACGCUGAUUGUGGGGCUGUCAGUGAUCCCAGACAGUCGGAAUAAAGCAGUGCCUGCAGGUCUGGAGCCUGUGGUGGUGGGACUGCUGAUCCUUGCCAUUGGACUACCCAUGGAUGCUAACUGUGGCUUUCUGCUCCACCCUGCCCGGGACCUGGGCCCACGGCUCUUCACAUACUUUGCUGCCUGGGGCCCUGAGGUCUUCAGGGCUGGUAAUGGCUGGUGGUGGGUGCCUGUGGUGGCUCCUAUGGUGGGAUCCACUCUCAACACAGCCACAUACCAGCUCCUGGUGGCUCUGCACCUCCCUGAGGAUCCAAAGCCAGUUCCAAAGCUGGGUAGCAGCUCAGCUUGAGGCUUCAGACUUGGGAACUCCAGCUCAGCUGGAAUGUAAGCUGUGAUGACUGCCAACCUUAUCUCACUCUGCAAGAGCACCAUGACCUGUCAAGCUUGCAAGACAGAUAUUCUCUGUGUUAAUAUGCCAGGCCCCGGGAUGUUUCUGUUUACCCACUCCUGCUUAAACUGGGGAGAACCAGAGAACAUGAUCAGGCUCUUCUUACAAACACGUCUUUUCACCGAGGGCCUUUAGGCACACAGUUCCUUAAAGUGGCCGCUAGGGGGUGUGCACACUGGCCGCUGGCUUUGGGAAGGUUUCUAGAAUCUGCUGGGUGGAGAGGUACUACCAUCCUUUGAGGGGUAGGGACCAGCGGGGGCUUCUGGAGAGAAGCUUGGUUUCCAAUGCUCUGACUCCCAGCCUCCCCCGCUCCCCCGCCGCGCGCCCUUGUCCUUUUCCCCUUAAGACUGGUACUUUUUAUGUAGAUCAUACCGGCCUUGACUUCAGACUCCACUGCUGGGAGUACAGGGUGUGACCCAACAACGCCCAACAAGAAUGAUUCUUUUAAAAAACCAACAAACAAGCAAACACACUCAAAAAGACCAAUUUAAGCUGGAGUCGGGAGUGAUGGAGGACGCCUUUAAUCCUAGCACUCGGAUCUCUGAGACUUCCAGGCCUGUCAAGAGAUAUAUAGUGGUACCCGUCUCAAAGUAACAAAACAACACCACAAAACACACCAAAACCACUUAAAAUUUGCGGUCCUAGGAAAUGAAUUCAGAGCCUGGGCAAGUGCUCUGCCUCGGAGGUAUCUCUGUCUUCUGGCUGCCAGCUCCCGCAAUCUCAGUGCUUCCUACCUUCGGCCUGACAGGGGCGCCUCCCUUAUACUCCAGAGACACCCCAGAUGGUUCUUCGAAAGGGGUGUGUGUGUGUGUGUGUGUGUGUGUGUGUGUGUGUGCGCGCGCGCGCGUGUGUACCACCCAAGGGGCGUGGUAAGGGGCAGAGCCAUCUGUAUAUGUGUGUGCGUGUGUGCGCGCGCGCGCGUGUGUACCAUCCAAAGGGCUUGAUAAGGGACAGAGCCAUCUUCCCAGCGUCUGACAACCAGUCAGAGAAACUGAGGCACAAACCAACACCCAGGCAACGCUGGGCUGUGCCACUUAAGGAGGUUGAAAGGCCAGGAGGCUCCUCCCGGCAGAUGUUCUCUGGCUGAGAAAGCAGCAUUCCCUCGGUCUCAGGCUUCCAAAAAUAAAGAAACAGCAUCGCAGCGUGCUCCAGCCUCGCCGAGCGCCUGCGUGUCCGGGGCUGGAGCGUGGGACCCUCCCCUCCGCACCAAAAUGGCGCACGCCGCGCCCCUGACCUCCCCAAAG